UCUGUGUCUCUCUCCCUCCCGCCUCCUCACCCACUAAUCUCGCCAACUCCUCGCUUGUUCGCCUGGAGCCCAAACAAAGAGAAGAAGGAGGAAAGAAGUGAGAGAAGCAGCGCGCAGCCGGGAGGGGAGACGCGUUCAGAGGAGAGCGGCUAGAAAAUCGAGUGAAGCAUGGGUGACUGGAGCUUUCUGGGGCGGCUGCUGGAGAAUGCUCAAGAACACUCCACUGUGAUAGGAAAGGUUUGGCUGACCGUCCUCUUCAUCUUCCGCAUCUUGGUGCUGGGUGCAGCAGCCGAGGAGGUCUGGGGUGAUGAGCAAUCUGACUUCACCUGUAAUACACAACAGCCCGGUUGCGAGAACGUCUGCUACGACGAGGCCUUCCCCAUCUCCCACAUCCGUUUCUGGGUGCUGCAGAUCAUCUUUGUCUCCACGCCAACCCUCAUCUACCUGGGCCAUGUCCUGCACAUUGUCCGCAUGGAGGAGAAGAGGAGGGAGAGGGAGGAAGAGCUCAGAAAGGCCGGACGGCACCAAGAGGACCAUGACCCUCUAUACCACAAUGGAGUUGGAGACGGAGGAGGAGGCGGGAAGAAGGAAAAGCCACCAAUCCGUGACGAGCAUGGGAAGAUCCGGAUCCGAGGGGCGUUACUGAGGACCUACAUCUUCAACAUCAUCUUCAAGACCCUGUUCGAGGUGGGCUUCAUCCUAGGACAGUACUUCCUCUAUGGGUUCCACCUGAGGCCGCUCUAUAAAUGUGGCCGCUGGCCCUGCCCCAAUACUGUGGACUGCUUCAUCUCCAGACCAACUGAAAAGACAAUCUUCAUCAUCUUUAUGCUGGUGGUUGCCUGCGUGUCUCUGGCCCUCAACCUGCUGGAGAUCUACCACCUGGGCUGGAAGAAAGUGAAGCAGGGGGUCACCAAUGAGUUUGUACCCGACAGUGAUUCGCUGCCGAUGGGUGCAGAUGAACCCGACGCAGAGACGAUUCCUGAGCAGACCUCUGCAACAGUGCUUGACUGUUUGCCAGCGUACGGCAGGGUGAGCGUAGUGGGGGCUGCGGAGGGAGGAGCCUACAAUCCAACUGAGACCUCCUUAAACCCUAACAUAGCAACCACCCCUGUCAAGAUGGAUGGCACAGCAUUCCACCCAGAUGACUUCCUGUUCGAUCCCCUGCAUACUUCUUAUUAUGGCAAUGACGAGAAAGGGAGCACUGGGAGCCACGGGCAGCUGUCGGCAGUGGAGCAGAACUGGAGCAACAUGGCGCUUGAGCUCAACAAUCUGGAUGGAAAAAACUCCUCCUACUCCUAUCCUCCUCCUCUUCCUUCUCCUCCCACCUCCAACUCCUCCUCUCCACAGGGGGGGACGACUCCACUGCCUCCUCAAGAGGAGCAACACUCCUCAUAUCCUACACUUCCUCGUAAUACCCCUCUUUACCAGCUCUCACCACAAGAGGCGCCGAUGGAUGAGGAACCGUGUACACUCCCAUAUGACGACUUCACCGUGGUUACCAAGGCGGAGAUGCAUCAGCCUCCUGCUGCUGCGGCGACAGACAUCCGGAAGCCAAGACGGGCCAGCAAGAGCAGCAGCGUCCGAGCACGCCCUGAUGACCUGGCAGUGUAGCUAAAACACACACUCACACAUUUACACAAGCAUGCAUACAUGCUGUAUACACAUAUGCAAUUUUUCACACAUGCACAAUGUAUUUAACCACACACAAUCAUGCCCUCCAGCAAAAGACUGAUGCCUGCAAGACAUAGAGAUUAAGCUGGAGUUGGUCAUUUAUUUUAAUCUCAGAUUUACGAACCAGAGGGAGGGAUACAAAGAGUUUGGCCCAGUUGCACUAAUGGUGCUGAUGCCCUAUCCCUAUAUGCCCUACAUAUUAGUAACAAUAUGUCCACGUGAGCCUCUCAACUCUUAAGACACCAGCUCAUAGGGGCUUUGCAGGUGUGUCAAAAAUCUCCUAGCAACACAUCUGGAGUCAUUUUGGAGAACUCAGUGGAGAGAUUGCUGUCAACACAGGAGAUCCAAUUCCAAUUAAUUUCAAACGAUAAAAAUACUGCUACCACUGCAUCAUGGUUAUUCACCUAAUAUAACUUCAAAUAAUAUGAUAAAAUGUAAAAUAUCAAUAUAGUUGAUGCAAAAAACUGAAGCAAAUUGUCUUAAUUGUGUUUGCACAAUUCUAAACAUCAUAGUAAAAGACAUACAAUAAGAAAGCUUGGUGGAUACAAACAGGAAGGAAGGAAGCUAAAGGGCUUACCCAAAGUCCUCGCCAAUAUGAAAAAUCCAAUUGAGUGUAAUCAUAAACGUCAGACAACAAGACAAGACAAGAGCAGCUAAAAAAACUUAAAAAAAUGAAUUUACAAUCAAAAAUAAAAGAAAGAAUGAUGUAAAAAAAAAAAGCACAGUGCACAGAGCUGCAGUAUUAGAACAAUGUCAUCCAAAGUGCCUUUGAUUUUUUAGACACAUACAAGGUUCUAGUAUGAAUAUUGUCAUUUUUAUUAAGUCUAUUGCUUUUGACACCUUUGUUGAGCCCAACCAGUAAGAGGUAAUGCCAGUCAUUUCGUAACUUUGUAUGCUUCACAAUCAAAUGCCCUGAUCAGAUAGCAUAGACGUAUAGGGCACGACCACUGGUCAUUGCUGUACAGUGAGACAACAAACUAACAUUAUGUAAACAUAAAAUAAAUCUGUGAUGAAGUGACUUCUAAGACUAAAACAUGUGUGCUAACCAUGUUUAGCUUAUACUGUGAAACGAAUGGUUUGACAUUUUAUUUGCAUUUUUGUCGAGAGUAGAGGCUUCAUACCGGUCUCAUGUCUGUGUGCUAACUAUAAAGCUAGAGCAGGGAGACAAUUAGCUUAGCUUAGCGUUAAGACUGGAAACGGGGAAACAGCAAGCCAGGCUCACUCAAGUGCAACACUACCAUGUUGUAACUCAUGUGUACAUUCACAAACCAAAAUGAAAAGUUGUGGUUUUACAAUGUUUUGCUAGAACUAUGUCUCUCUGUCGUGACGUCAUAUUGUUCAGACUGUAAUUCUGAAUGACUGUAUUGGAAAAACCGUUGAUGUCAGCCUGAUAUCACAAAUUCUGACAGCUAAGAUAUCUCCCACUUGAUAAAAAGAAUUACAUUAGUGUCAAAAGUAGCUAAUUUAGGCUAUUUAAAUGGUGUGACUAUAAGGCUAAUAGUUUGCGUAACCAACAAUCCAAAGUCUGAAUAAUGCUAGGUUUUCCUCUUCAUCCCAUUCUACCGAAUGCAGCUAUGAAUGAAUGCAGCUUUAGAGGUGCUGGUAGGCAUAUUUAUGACCAUUUAUGAUGCUGUGAGUCAGGCUAGCUGUUCCCCCCUGCCUACAGUGUUUAUGC